AUGAAUAAAAGAUAUUUGUUUUAUCAUUCAAUCUGCAUUGGAGUGAAAGCACAAUUUUCUCCUAAACAAACUAGAUCUUUACCUAAGGAAAAGUUUUCUCCAGUGCAAAUUCAAAAAUUAUCAAAAGUAGAAAUAACUAAACCUCAAACUUCUAUUUCAACCAAACCAAAUAUACCUGGACUUCAAUUCCUAAAAAAUAGUGAUCGUUAUAAUACCAAAUUACCCGCUAUUACACCAAAACCUACUAUACAAAACUUUAUAGAUAGAGCUUGUAAUCCACAAUUAGUAGAACCAGAUUUAGCUUUAAAUUUGGAGAUAGCAGAUUUGAUUAAUCAGAAAAAACAAAAUUAUCCACGAGAUGCUGCCAUGCAUAUAGUCAGACUUCUUUUGGAUAUUUGUGUGAAAAAUUGUGGGUAUCCUUUCCAUCUACAAAUAGCAACCAAAGAAUUUCUGAACCAACUAGUUCGUAAAUUUCCUGAAAAAUCACCUGCUAUUCCUAAUCCAAUACAAUUAAAAAUAUUGGAAUUUAUUCAAGAAUGGAAAAUCACAAUUUGCACAACUUCUCGAUAUAAAGAUGACCUCGUCCAUAUCAAUGAUAUGUAUCGUUUAUUAGUAUAUAAAGGUUACAUAUUUCCUGAGGUUGAUAAUCGAUCUGCAUCUGUUCUUAUCCCUAAGGAGACAUUGAAAUCACCUGAAGAAUUAGAGGAAGAAGACAGAGUUGCUCAAGCAGCGAAAUUACAAGAAUUAAUUCGUAGAGGUAGACCUGCAGAUCUAGCAGAGGCUAAUGAACUUAUGAAAAUUAUGUCAGGAUAUAAUCAAGAGGCAAAACCAGAUUAUAAAAAACAGGCCAAUGAAGAGUUGGAGAACAUACAACAAAAAGCUAUACUUUUAAAUGAUAUGUUAAAUAGUGUCAAACCCAAUGAAAAAAUUGGUAGAGGCGAUAUAUUCGAGGAAUUAGUACAAUUAUGUAAAACUUCACAACCGAAAAUUCAAAAAAUCGUUUCCGAAGAGGAAGAUCCAGAGAAUCGUCUUUUGACCUUGAAUGAUUUGAUUAACACCGUUUUGACAAGAUAUGAAAACAUUUUAAAAGGAAUAUUUGAUCAACCUAAAGAACUGAACCAACAAUCUCUUCUACAACCAAAAGCAAAGGAAGAAAUAAUAUCCUCUUCAUCUGCAGUAAGUAAUUCCGAUUCGUGGUUAAUUGAUUUGAGCGAACCUGAACCACCAUUAGGCCAAAUUAGAAUCACUUCAAAUACGAAUACAACAACUUCUUCUUCUUCAACAAAUGAACCGAUAUUAAACAAUUCAACUUCUUUUGAUAAAGAUGAUGAUUUAUUAGGAUUUUCUUUCAACUAA